UCUAUCUCUAGCUCUACCUGCUGCACCAUGGUUCUCUUCUCCCUGCUUCUGCUGGCUGCUCUGCUGCAGUACCCGGGACACUCCGCUAGUGUAAAAGUUGGCAUCAUAAAUGGCACAGAGGUAAAACCACACUCCAGACCCUACAUGGCCUUUGUCCAUGGGCAGAUCAUCUGUGGUGGAUUCCUUGUGUCUGAACAAUACGUCAUGACAGCUGCUCACUGCUGGGAAAACAAGUCAACUCUUACAGUGAGACUGGGUGCUCACGAUCUGUUAGACACCAAUGACGGUUCUGUUUCCAUGGCUGUGGAGACCUACAUACAACAGCCCCAAUAUACUGAUGGUCAGCUGGACUAUGAUAUCAUGCUUUUAAAGUUACGUGGAACAGUCAAAAAAAGCCAAACUGUCAACUGGAUCUCCAUCCCUCAAAGAGACGAGGACAUUCCAGCCAACUUAAAAUGCAGUGUGGCUGGCUGGGGGAAAACGGGAGACACCAAAAAUCCAAGUUACCGUCUAAUGGAGACUGAUGUUCACAUCAUUGAUGGAGCGAAAUGUAAGGAAAGCUGGGGAAGGUAUCCAAACCCAAGGAUGAUGUGUGCACUGUAUCCUGGAGGAUUUUGCCAGGGAGACUCUGGAGGUCCUCUGGUGUGUAAGAACACUGCAGUGGGCAUUGUUUCCUUCAAUCAGAAGAAUAACUGUGACUCACCUAAUGUUCCAAAUGUUUAUGCUAAAAUAUCAGCAUUCUUGCCCUGGAUCAAGUCUGUGAUUGGAAAUGUGUAAACUGCAUUUAACAGCUGAAGCUGAAUUAAGCAUUUUUCCAGUCUCAUCUAAA